CAGUGGUUUGUUUAAAAUCUCCGGUUUUCGUAAACCGGUAACUUGUACUGAUACCAGAACCGAACCAAUUUUUUAUGAGAACAAAAACCUCAAAAUCAUUGUUUUGUUUGUUGGGAUAAGUUUGAGCGGUGGAUUUUGUAUGGAGCCGCCGAGUUCGAGACCGGAGGAACCUCCGUCAUGGGAGGACCUUUACAAAAUCAAUCUUAUGCCAUCGGAGCUAUUCCUUAAGUUCCGCAAAGAGCUUCAAGGCCUUCGCGUCGGCGUCAAUCUCGAGUUAUAUAACGAACCCACGAAUGAUUACCACGCAAAGCUUGUUUUGAAGCCUCUAUGUCCAGAAAGGAAGUGGAAGUUUAUAUAUGAGCCGCUACACCAAGAAGUUCGUGUUUUAUCGAAGAAGAUUCCUGUCACCAGAUUUCUAAACCUCCAGGUUGGUGUUGGACAUAACUUUCAAAUGAAUGCAAUUGGUUGGAAAUGGAAGCUUACUUCAUGUUUGGGUGGAGAUGGUGUGUCUCGGAUUCGAAAUAAAACUACUCUUGGUCUUAGUCCUGGUAUCGAUUUCCGGUUUGGAUGGAGAGCUGAUUUUGUACUCCCAGAGGUUACUGGGGCCCUUGGUACUGAGGAACCGUUAUUCAACAUGAGCUCCGGGCGUUUAGAGGCAUCACUAGACAGAGUAGAGGCCAUUGUAACCCAUUCAGAUUAUCUAUAGCCAAUCCGUACCUUUCGUGUGCAAACGAGGACGAGAUCUUGCAUUAUCAGAAGGCAAACAUGUGAAAGCACAAGCACUUUGGUGUUCACAACCAAAACAUAAGAAUGUCCAUAAGAUUUUGCUUCAGAGAGAUAUGCUGAAAGCACAAGCACUAGUGGGUAGUUUCAUCAGUUAUUAUACUAUCUGGUAAUCACUAGUUUGAUGGACGUUCAUACAAUGCAUCUAAAGAAAUGUAUAAUCGUUGGAUCGUUGAUACAAGUUAGGUUAGAUAAUGUAUAUGCCAAAUCUAGUAUAUGGCAUAGCGUUUUCUAAAAUAAAACCUUGGAUUUGCAGGUUUGUAGAUGGUUCCGAAAUGAUCAAAUUGCAAUGAAAGUACAAAUGUAAAUUAGAGAUUUGAGAGUGAAUCUUAUUUCUUAUACUAUGAAAUCAUUUAUGUG